AUGGUCAAUCAUCUUGUUUGCACUGGGGGCCCCUUCAAGAUUCCCAAGCAGGCAGAUCUGCGUGAAGAGAUGCUGGCUGACGAGGUCCAGUUGAUCAAUGACAGCCUGAUCCCCACCCUCACCACUGAGAAAGAAGAGGUGAAGUGCCAUCCAUGCGGACUUGAUGACUACAUUUCUGCUCGGGAGUCUUUCAGAGGUAUGUUUCCCUCCUUACAAACUUGCACAGUAAAAACUGUGCAGGGCAUCGCCCUUGUGAUGGAUGGUUGGCAGGACCAAGCCAAGAAGCCCUUAUUGAACUUCCUGGCUGUUACAAGCAAGGGAGGGCGCUUCAUCAAGAGUGUGGACACUGCUGGCAAAUGCAAAACUGCAGAUUGCCUUGUGGAGCAAUUGGAAGCUGUCAUCAAGGAGAUUGGGGUCGAGAAUGUGCAACUAACCCCCCCCCCCCCUUUCCCCCCCUCCCAUCUACAUUCACAGUACCUGCAAGAAUACCAGGAGCAGUACAUGUACAACGAGGUUGCUGCCGUGCCAACUCCCAUGGAGGCAUGA